AUGUUGAAGAUCUACGAGGACAUAAUCAACGAAGUUGUUUCCAGGCUUGAGCAGGAUGAGGAGGUAGAUAGCAUGAGCAAGGCUUCGAUAUAUGAUCUUCGGAAUGAUUGGAGAGAGAGGCUGAUUGAAUGCACGCAAAACGACUGGACAGGAAACGGUGGGAGGGAGAUGUAUGGGCAGCGAUUUCGGGAGUACAAGGAGUUUUCUGAGAGAUCGAACGAUGUGCUGACGGAAGGCAGGCACGGACGGGACGCGGAUCUUGGAGACAAGGAGCAUGGAGAGGAGGAUAUGCCUAGCGAUGACUCUGAGAUUAUAGGAAGGAGUGGGAAUACUGGAAACUAUAUGAUAUGCUUAUAUGUCAAGGUGUGCAUGUCGAAGGGGAAAUGGAAGUGUGUGUUCAAGCAAGGGUUUAUAAGCAUAGGGAAUAUAGAUUUUGUGUUUAGCUCUGCUCAAGGAGAGCUUGAAUGGUAG